UGAUUAGCAGCUUUGCAAAGAGGACACUUGUUAGAAUCACACUACAACAGCAUCUUGUCACUUCUAUUAGAGCUGGGAUCAAUGGUAUACUGCCAUGUUUAUCAUAUUUCUCUACUUUGUAUUCUAGUUGUAUUCUUUUUUACACUGGAUAAUAUUAGCAGCUCAAGAUUAAACUGCAGUUACUUAUAGAAGUAGUUGCAAAGGACUUUUAUUAUUAUUAUUUUUUUUUUGUGCAUUUGGAUUUGUUUGUUGAUGAAAUGAUGGCUACAAAAGCUGUAGAUAAAAUCCCAAUGACAUUUGGUGGGUUUGUGCAUCAGAUACCAGAAAGUAUUUAUCCUGUGGAGGAGUCGACAUUACCAGCUUCUGUUACCAUCUUUCCCAAUGUUGAUUUAGGAGGGUCAUUUGAGCAGAUGACAGGAGAUGGAAUGAUCAAUAUUGAUAUGAAUGGAGAGAAGAGAUCGUUAGAUCUGCCUUAUUCCACCAGCUACACUCCUGCACCUCGUAACCAGACUUUUACCUAUAUGGGCAAAUUUUCCAUUGAUCCCCAGUAUCCAGGUGCCAGCUGGAAUCCAGAGAGUUUUUUUAACAUUGUCAGUGCUGGGAUCCUUGGAGUGGCACCUUCUUCAUCCUCAUCCACAACUUCUAACGCCUCUUCCUUGUCACCCAACCCUCAUCCCAACAGCAUGAGUUGCAGCAUGGCUCACAACCAGAAUGACAUGGACAUGUACACCCCACCCCCGCCUUAUUCCAGCUGUGCAGAAUUAUACCAGGACCCCUCAGCUUUUCUUAGCACAUCCACUGGGACCACUCUGUCUUAUCCUCCCCCAUCAUAUCCUUCCCCCAAAGCUGCAUCAGAUGGUUCUAUCUUCCCAAUGAUCCCGGACUACCCCCCAUUUUUUCAGCCCCAAUGUCAGAGGGAUAUGCACCCCAUGCAGGACAUGAAACCCUUCCCAGGUCCAUUAGACUCUAUCAGGGUACCCCCUCCUCUCACCCCAUUGUCCACCAUCCGCAGGUUCACUAUGGGGGGCAGCAACACUGAGGGAUCAAGGUUGCCCAGCUCCUAUAGCCCCCAGAAUCUGCCUCUAAGACCCAUUCUAAGGCCAAGGAAGUACCCCAACCGUCCCAGCAAGACUCCGGUCCAUGAAAGACCAUAUCCUUGUCCGGCUGAGGGAUGUGAUCGCCGCUUCUCUCGCUCUGAUGAGUUAACAAGGCACAUCCGGAUCCACACAGGGCACAAGCCUUUCCAGUGCCGCAUCUGCAUGAGAAAUUUCAGCCGCAGUGACCACCUCACAACCCACAUCCGGACCCACACAGGCGAGAAGCCCUUUGCCUGUGACUACUGCGGGAGAAAGUUUGCUCGUAGCGAUGAACGGAAGAGACACACAAAGAUUCACCUUCGCCAGAAAGAGAGAAAAGGAUCCGGAGCAACAGCGACACCUAGCGGCAGCUCUGCGCAAGAGCGCUCACUUAACCUCAGCCCUCCAGCUGCAGGGAACAUCUGUAAUGCAAGUUCUAGCAGUGGCCAAACUGGACUGUGUCCGACCCGGACAGCAUGAGGCCACACGGACUAUAAAAACCUGCACAUGGGGAACAUCACUGCCACUGGCACCACGGGUGGCACAAGCACAUGAAAUAAUUUAUAACUGGGAAUGAACUGGGAGCAACAAUUGCAUUUGUAGGAAUAAUGUAAUAUCUGUAAAAUGUUUAAAGCGGGGUCUUUAAAAGUGAUUGUAAACUUUACUGCAUUGGGCUGUCUCUAGAUGUUUGAUUUUCUUUCUUUCUUUCUCUCUCUCUCUCUCUCUCUCUCUCUCUCUCUCUCAUUUUAUCUAACCUUUAAUCUAUCUAUUAUUUUAGCUAAUCUAUCUAAUCUAAUCUAUCCAUCUAUCUAUCUAUCUAUCUAUCUAUCAUCUAAUCUGACCUAUCUAUAAUCUAAUCUAACCUAUCUAUCUAUCUAUCUAUCUAUCUAUCUAUCUAUCUAUCUAUCUAUCUAUCUAUCUAUCUAAUCUGACCUAUCUAUAAUCUAAUCUAACCUAUCUAUCAUCUAUCUAUCUAUCUAUCUAUCAUCUAUCUAUCUAUCUAUCUAUCUAUCUAUCAUCUAUCUCUCUCUCUCUCUCUCUCUCUCUCUCUAUCUAUCUAUCUAUCUAGUAUCUAUCUAUCUAGUAUCUAUCUAUCUAUCUAUCUAUCUAUCUAUCUAUCUAUCAUCUCUCUUUCUCUCUCUCUCUCUCUCUCUCUCUCUCUCUCUCUCUCUCUCUCUCUAUCUAUCUAUCUAUCUAUCUAGUAUCUAUCUAUCUAGUAUCUAUCUAUCGAGUAGCUAUCUAUCUAUCUAUCUAUCUAUCUAUCUAUCUAUCUAUCUAUCUAUCUAUCUAUCUAUCUAUCUAUCUAAUAAUAUUUUUUAACUGGAAAUUAACAGCCACCACAACCUUUCAUGGGUUAAAAUGACAGGGGAGUAACUAAAAUGUUUACUGCCAAGAGAUUAGUACUGUUGGCAGUAAAGAGUUUACAAUCUCAUUGACUGCACUAUGAGACUCUGGGUGACAAACCGAUCUGCUGCAGGAAUAGCUUUGAAUUAUGUUUACAAGUGAAAGUUUUACGCAUAGGAAUAUUUGAAAUAACUACAACUGGAUACAAUGUAUUGCCCUCAAAUGAGUUAUAUCACUGGUUUGUUUAGUAAUUAUGAAAUCAUGUAGGUAAGCCUGGUAACUGCAUAAGAUUAUCACUACAAAUAAAGGCACCUUUUAUUAACAUAGUAACCCACUUACAGGAAAUAUAUAGGUGAGCAAAUGAAGAUUAGUGAAUGAAAGCUAAAUACUGGUGAAUUAAUGAAAAUCAGCUUGACACUGCAGUCUCUGACAGACUAAAGAAAUAGGUACUGUGUUUAUGGAUUGAUGUAACUCUAAGAGUUGUUUGCUUUUGUACCAGGUAUGCUUUAUAUUUCUACUAACAGUAUAUCAUUUCUUGUGGGUUUUGUUUAACCCAUUGGCUAGGAAAGGGCUACAAAGCAAUACAUUGCAGACCUCUCUUUAGUCAAAUGAUUAACUUCCUGGACCUAACACCAGGGAAAGAAAAAAAAAAGUGAUAUGGUAACUUUGAAAGGUGUUUUUUUUGGGACACUUGUAGUAGCCAUAUAUAUAUUGCACUUUAUAACUUCAUAGCUGCUGUGGCAGUGUAAAUGAAGAAGUAUUCUUGGAUUUAAAGCCUCUCAUUGCUUAUAACUUUUUUUUUAUAAAAAAAAAAAUGAUAAAAAUAAAAUAUAUUACUUUUAACCAAUACAGUGUGACUAAUAACAUUGCAAUCUAAAAAACAAUGACAUUUGGUACUAUUGACUUAUUUAAAAAUAAAACAUUAUAUAUAUAAACCUUUAUAGACCACUAUUUUCUCAAUAAAUCUUUAUAAAUUCAUUUUAGAUUGUAUAUUCUGUUGAUCUGCACUGUUCUCAGAGAGCAUGACCUUACAGUAAAUGCAAACUUACUAUGUAUGAUUCUAUUUGUAAUAUAAAAGAGCCAGACAGGUUAAUUUAUUUAAGAAUGUAUAUAGAUUCUCUAGGAUAUUUAGGAAGCAUGAACUUGUGUAAAACAGUGUUUUUGGUGCCUUUUGUCCUGUAGACAAUAUUUGCCAUGUCUGCAUGUAUAAAUAGGUUGCCUUACCAAUUGCAAACUUGACUCAAUGCCACUAUUAGCAUAUAGCUGUAUAUUACUGCCAAUUCAUAUUUGGAUUUUUUUUUUUCUAGAAUCUAUAUUUUUGUAUGCACUGUUUUGUGACUCAAAAGUGUUAACUUUGUAGUACAAAAUCUAAAAACAAGUGAACUCUCAAAUUUCAUUUAUGAGGCUUAACUCUCUGCAAUUAACUCAUAACAAUGUCAAAAGUAUUGUUUACUUUGUAAAAAAAAAAAAAAAUCCGCUAACUGGAAUCUCAUUGAUGGAUUGUCAAUAAAUAGUUUUCAAUUAUAA